UUUAGAAAAAAAUGACUUAGUGACUAUAAAGUGUUUCUUCUUUUCUUUCUCUUUUCGCAAAAAUAAGUAAUAACAAAUGAGUCCACACAUAAGCACAGAUACAGCAGAUUAUUUUGUCGGAACAGAGAACAAUGCUCUUUUAGAUGAUUUUUCCGAAUUAGAGGAUAGAAUAGAAGGUGAUGAUGAAGUAAUUUAUCGAACAGACAAGAGUGCUUCUAUGCCUACUUGGAAACAAUUAGUCCCCCGCUUAUUGAUUUUUGUGCUGAUUGGUAUUCUAUCACUUGUGUUUUCCAUUUCCUUGGCACACAUUGUUCUUGAUAUUGGGCUACCACGUACACUCGAGGAUGUAAAAGCAACAGCACUUCACUUGGAUGAACUAUUACAGAAUAGUUGGACAGGCUAUGGCUCUGUCACUUUUGUGUUUUCUGUCUUGUAUCUAUGGCAACAAGCCUUUUCUAUUCCAGGCUCUGUCUUGCUCAAUUUGUUGGCUGGUUAUCUCUAUGGUAUCUUUACUGGUGCUGUGUUGACCAGUUUCUUAACAGCUAGUGGUGCCACACUUGCUUAUGCAUUAGCCAUGUUAGUAGGCAAGCCUUUAAUUCGAGUACCUUGGUUUGCUCGUAAGGCAGAGCCAUUAAGCCGUCAGUUGGAACAAGAAAGGCGUUCAGGAGGCUUGUUUUGGUGGCUCUUGUUUGCUCGUUUAUUUCCCUUUUCGCCUUACUGGUUUAUUAAUUUGAUAUCCCCUCUAUUAGAUAUCCCUGUCGUGCCUUUCUUUUGGUCUACAGUGUUUGGUUCGAUGCCUUAUAACUUUGUUUGCGCUCAAGCAGGUGAUGUCUUGAGUGACUUGACUUCGACUUCAGAUAUCGUUACUGUGUCACUUGUCAUGAAACUCUUGAUUGUUUCAUUUAUUUCGCUUGUGCCUGUUAUCUGGGGAAAAUCAAUUCAACAAUGGACUCGAAGAAUAAUGGGGCUACCUCCUAUUGUAGAUGACAAAGAUGUAGAGAAGGCUCUAAAUGGACAAGAUGAUAUGGAGUUAGCUGUCAGUCAUUCUGACUAUAACAGAGUAUCCCACUUGUAAACAUAUUUCAUUAUCAUUCUCUAUACAUUCAUAUAUAUAUAUAUAUAUAUAACUAUUUAUACACUUUAUUUAAUAAAGGAUUAAUUCAUUUUUCAAGAAAAA